AUGGUGAUGACCAUGCGGAGUGUCGUGGGUCUGCUACUCAUCUGUGGCGCAACUCCGAAGCCAUUCCCAUCAUCGGUAGUCGCCCUUCCAACAUUCGGUCUCGGCAACGACCACCGUGAUCACCGUGACGUCCCUCAACAGCGGCAGGAGGAGGAGCAGCGAGGACGAGCUUCCGGCGGAGGGACGGCGAGCGCGCCAUCAACAGGUGCCUCACCAUCGGGCGGUGAGGAGGAUAACACGUCACCGCACGCACAGGUCCGCGACGAAGAGACUUCCGUCCUAUCCCUUACGGCUACAAACGACUAUCCGGAUAUCGCAUGGUCGCCCUGGGCACACUUGGCCGAGCCGCACCGAGCCACCGUCCUGCGCGCGGAUUCAGAAGUUGGGAAUCCCGAUAACGACGUCUUCUUGUGGACGCUACCGAACGAGAAUGGGGCAUCGGUGCAGGGCAGGGAAAUCGAGUUCACCUUCACCGAGCCGGGUCGAAAGGACAUCAUGCUCACCCAGACCGUGACUUCUACGGGCGAGCGUCACACCCUCCACACAUACAUCAUGGUCAAGUACGUGCGGCGGGAGAUCCGCACCCUGCACAGCUCCGAUCGAGUUGCCUUUUUCGAUGCCUUGGAGACUCUCUACCGACUGCCGACAUCGGAAGGGGUCCAGCAGUUCGGGGCCGACUACAAGGGCAUCGAUUAUUUCGUGCAGCUGCACCUGGACGGUGCUGGUGUGAAGGACUGUGACCACUGGCACGACGACGCCGGCAUCAUGACUCACCACGUGGGAUUCACCCUGCAGUUCGAGCAGGCCAUGCAGCUGGUGGACCCCUCGGUGACCAUCCCCUACUGGGAAUACUCCAUUGAAGCCACGGAAGACCUCGACUCUUACGGAGACUCCAUGGUCUUCGACGACGAUUGGUUCGGGGAGUUCUCCCCGAGUAACGACUUCCACACGAUGACGAAGGGGCGCUGGGCGUUCCUCCGGGUUCAACGGGAUGCGUGGGACUCCGUUCACAACCCUUACGGGCUUCUUCGCUCUCCCUGGAACGUCGAUGACACGCCGUUCAUCACUCGUCACAACACGACGAGCUCCAUGACGGCCACCGACAUGGUGAGCUGCAGCGUAUACUCGAGCUGCUUCGCCUCCUCUAGCCUCUCGGUCAUGAAUGCCUGUCUCAACGGAGAAACCCACGGGCCCGUGCACAUCCUGACCGGGGGCGAGUGGCACGCGGCGGAAGAAGAUUUCAUCCAGAAAGUCGGGUACUACGAGUCGGUGCCGCUUGUCACCAAGUUCCUCUGGCGCAAGGGCUACCUGUCGAUCCCUGACAAGUGCGAGAUUGGAGAGUCUUGCCAGACCUCCUGCCCCUCCGAGCUGUACGAGUCGAGAGGGAUGACGCCUUACGACGUCCUGAUGGACGUGCACGCCCUCAUGUGGACGUCACAUACGUCAUCUUCGCUGGUGUACAGCUCGAGGAAAGACAAGUUCGAGGUGAAGGGGCACGAGGAUGACGAGCCCUUCCAGCGGGCGUAUUUCAAGAAAAUGCUCAACUCCUUCUGUAACCCAGGGUACGCUUGUCGUGUGUACUGCGUCUCCCGGUCUGACAAGACUCCAAAAACUCCGCGGGGCGUUCAACGGAACCUCCGCGGCCUCCAAAAACAAAGAGCCGUCGGGGAGAUGUUCACAUCUGCGGCACCGUACGACCCCGUGUUCUGGGUGGUGCACCCGACGGCCGACCGACUGCUCGCCUGGAGACGGAUGCUGGGCCGUCAAGGAGUGGAAGGGUGGGACUUCGACGAGACCUGGGGCUACACCCACACUUCCGUCGUGGGGGAAACGGGCACCGUUUGCAACUGGGACGACGUCGUUCCCGGCUCGGGCGACAUGCCCACAUGCAUCACGGGCAUCUGCGGAGGGCACAACGAGGAUGACCUUCUUCCCUUCACGGUCAAGGUCAAAGGGGAGAAUGUGCAGCUGACGAACGCGGAGUGGAUGGACCUCAUGUACCCCACCAACGAGGACCUGCCCUACGUGUAUGACGAAUUCAAGUGGGACCACUGCAGCGAGGAUGGGUGUUCCUUCGGGACUUGAUGGGCACGACACGAGCGCACGGUCGGCCCGGGAAGACUUGUGGCGCUUCUUUCCGCACCUGGAGUUUGCCGACGACUCGAAAAGCAAACGCAAGAAAAGCAGUGGGCUAAGGAAACACGUGCCAGCGAGGAGGGGCGUCGGAGCAAAAAGACCAGAAAGACUCGGCUGGCUGAUUGGCGCGCAAGCAGCGUGAAUUUCCGACAGACAUGUCUACAAACCGCUCGUGAUAAGGCAGCCUGCAACUCAAGUCCGGUAGUGCCAUUCUUGGGAGGUGUAGAAGACGACAUACAAGGGGGAGGCUGUGGCUCAGACGACCUACCAAAGAUGCUUGUUUUGCAUGCCAAGGGGGGCGGGGGGGGGCGAGGGAAGGAACGCGUUGUUGUAUUCCCCGCAUUGUGGUGGUUGUGGUGGAAGGCCGGUCGUGGGGAAUGAGAGCAAUUCUCAGCUCCUAAAGUGAUCAGCGGGUUGAUCGAGGCGUUCUCUGUUGAAAAACAGAGUCUUAUAUAGAAGUAUCUCCAUCGGGGGGUCUCAUGUCCCCGCCUCUGUAAGCACAGAGGUUUUAUUGUUCCGGUAUUUGCAUACACUUAUUUUAUGCGUGAUGGGUAUCAGGUGCGUGUAGUGUAUCAAAAUUAUUUUGUGCGGUUUGGUCGGUCAUGUAGUUGUUUCUUCCACUUGGGAAGAAAAGUGUUCAGUACCUCUUGCAUC